AAAAAAAAUUGCCUGCCAUCCCUGCAGUGGUAGCAGUUGAGAAUGAGGCAGGACAGCCGGCCAAGGUCUUAUGACACGUGCUGUGAUGUCAUCAUCUCUGAUCCAGCUGUGGGCAGAUGCCAGGCUGCCCCCUCCAGCAACGGUGGACCUUUCCAUAGGGAGCCUCACACACGCUAACAGAGAGACCCCGAGAGGUCUGGAAGGAAAAGAGGAAAUGGGGGGGGUGGAAGAUGGAGGGGAGGCCCCCCAAGGCUCCCAGGAGAACGGAGCCCACAGAAUGUUCCGCUAAGUGCUAAUAUUGUAAUAUUAUGACCGAAGAGAGGACCUUUCAAUCUCUCUCUCCAAGGUUAAAGGGAUCAAGUGGAUCACUCAUCUCCCUCUCAGUCCACCCGCUCCCCUCCUUCCCCCCUUUCCCUCCUGGAUCCUCUAGCCCACUCCUCUCAUAAAACGGACUCGCUUCACUUAAUUUCCUUGGAGAUUUAUUUGGUGAGGUGGGACAUUGGAGGCAGGCGGGGCAGCUGGGAAGGAGAGAUCCGGUCCGGUCCAUCAUUUAGGGAAAGAUCGGAUUCCAAAGUCUUUUUGGUCCAGAGGUUUCCCAGCCAACUUUCCCAGCCAGCCUCUGACAAUCCAAGUCAACGGGAGAAGCCGGACUCACUUAAUGACCAAAGUGGCCAAAGAGGUUGUAUAUUUAUUUGUUCGAUUUAUGUGCUGCCCUUCUCCGGAGACUCAGGGAGGCUUACAAUAUAAAUUAGAUAUCGAUAUCGAAGCAUUGUUGGAGACCCCAUCCACCCACUCUGGCUCCCCUCUGGGAGGGGGUUUCCAAGGAUUUCCAGCAGGACUCCCCGAUUCUGUAGGGGCUUUACUCCCGAUGCCCUCCGCCUGGGAAACUCAGGAUGCCUUUUUCUCACCAGGGAGUUGAUGAGAAUGAUUCAGAGCCAAAUCUGAUGUCUGACGUGACCUGGAAGGAGAGUCCUAUCCAGCUCCAUUGGGACCUCAAAGGCCUGAGGAACAGCAGCCAAAAAGGCAAGAGGAGAAGCCAUUUCCGUGCUCGAUGGGAGGAAAAAGGAAGAGGAGAUCCCUCACUUUCCAUCAAAGGAUCCCCUCAGAAGGAAGAUCACCUCAAGGCAUGGAGUGUGGAUCUCCACCAUAGACGUCUGUCAAUCUUGAAUGGCUUGAACAGAUACUUCCCUCCAUUUCUGCACAUUUCAAUGAGGUGUUUUUGCUCCUUUUUCUUGGAGAAGAAUUAUGGAUACAUCCAGCCAACCCCUCUGGAGGCUCCAGGACCUUCCUUUGGAAGGUUGACCAGGGAUGCCAGAAGAGUCUUCCUGCCAGGGAGUCUCUGGAUGGCUGAGAAGAAGCCUCUGUGGGGCUUUCUUGGCUUUGAGAUUCUCCCCAGAAGCUUUCAGCCAUUCCUUCUCCGGUUUAUAUGGCAGCAUCAAAGGUUUCACGUCUUCAAGAGUUUCUCUCUUGUCUUCCAUUGUUCUAAUGUCUGCCCUUGUGUUUCUUUUGGACUCUGUACUAUUAAGUGGUACCAGCUGGUCUCUGUACAUCAGUCACCUGCAGAGGUUCUUCCUCAGUUCUUUCUCUCUAGAAAAAUCACAAGGUUAGAGAUAAAUUUGGACCAACAAUGAAAGUCAAGGAUGCUGUCAGAAAAUUUCUCACCUCCUCUGUUUCUCCUCCAGUUCCCUCCAGAGUUCUGUGUUGUCUUCCACAAGCUGGAAAUUUUCCUUCAGGAGCUCCUCAAAGUAGACCUAGCUUUAUACAUGUAGGACUAAAAGUGUCAGGAGCCAGACAUUCGUAAGUUUUCUCCUUCUUUUGGAACUUUAUUUUACAAAAUUAGGGAUAUUUGUAGUACAAUAGAUGUUUCAAUCCAUUUUGGGAUUCCUCGGGAGCUUUUCCAAGUUCCUCAAGUCCUCCUCCUGGAUCAGGAUUGGCUGGAGGAGAUCUCAUUUGUUUAGAAAGUCAGUUCUAAGCGGCUUCAAGGAAUCCUGGUCCUCUCCCUCCCUCAGUCAGGGCUGCUGUCUACGUGUUUCUCACCUCCUCAGCCUCUCCCUGAAAUUUCGCAGGAUGGUUGCCUUCUCCUCGCUCAACUUCCAGUUCUUGAUUUUAAGGUCUUUAUUUUCCUUUUUUAACUGAACUCGCUCCUCCGCCAUU